AUCUAAUUGAAAGGAACGAUUUGCUCUACGGUAUAGGGAUGGGCAUUUUACAUACGGGAGUUGUUGUGGAUGGAAGGGAGUACUCCUAUGGAGAAGGCGGUGGUAUCAUUUCGUCUCUCCCUCGUAACGUGCUCGGAGUCAAGUAUCGAGAAACCAUCGAUAUGGGCGAGACUUUUUUAUCUCCGGCACAAAUCAAAGACGUAAUUCGAAACAUGCGUUUGACUUAUCGAGGUGAUAAUUAUAAUCUUAUUUCAAAAAAUUGCAACAACUUUUCGAACGAGUUGUGUACGAUCAUUGUAGGUAAAGGAAUUCCUGCUUAUAUCAAUCGUUGCGCCAGUGUAGCCAACUGGAUGAGUAAGAAACAUAACCAGUUGAAAGGAUUUGUCGACAAACUGGAAAUCAAGUCUCCCACGUUAAAGUCGGCUUCCACUCCGGAAGCGGGAGUUUGUAGUGAUAAUUCGGUAAAAGAAACACCGAAGUGAGAUUUGUUUGAGAGAACAAGCACGAUGAAGGUAGAUUGUUACAACUAUUCUUUUAAAUUGUCUCUCCUGUUCAAUCACUUAUUUACGAGGAAUACAUUCCCUCCUAACUCUUUUUAAAUUGGCGAAUCCACUCAACAAGAACGACAAACUUUUGGUAAUCUUCCUGUUUCAACUUGGAUGUCAAUUCCUCCGGGCUCAAUUUCAACGAAUCCUUCAAAUAAUUCGAUAGAACCAUAGAAAGUUCCUGUACAAACGACAUUCGCUUUUCCACCAACUCCAAUUGACCAAAACUAAGGAUGAAGUCUCGUUUUGAUAAAUUACUCUAACUUCAAACCAUUGUCCCGUUUCUGGACCAGAUUAUCCACCUGACUAAGCUGCUUUCGCAAUUCACGAAUCUUCUUGAUGCAUUCCUCUUCGGAGAGCGACGCUUUUUUCCUAUCUCCAGCUCUUGAUACUUCUCUGGACACAGGCUUCUCAGGAAUAGGCUCGCUGAUUGUCUCAGAAACAGAAUUGCUGUCCGAUUUGCGCUAUUAUUAAGCAACCGAACAAGAACGAACCGAUUCCACUGCGACAUUUGGCUUUGGAGACACUUUGCGAUUCGGAGCAGGUUCUUUACUUGAAGCUGCAGCCUUCAAUCGUUCACGCAUCUAGGGAGACACACAAGACUCGAACUUACAGCGAUCAUCGGAGGUCGAUACACUUUUCUCUCUUCGAUUGGGACAUACCCCGAUUUCACACGACGAGCAGGUCUCCAUGUACCAUCCGCUCGCUAAAAUCGAGUCACCAAGAAAAGUAAUACCUGGGUGCUUGGAAUCCACUCGUUCCCUUCAUCAUCAUAAUAUUUUCCGUCUCUCUCGUUCAAAUCUUCCUUUCGGUACAUUUCAAAAAGGAAAGAAUACAAAGUGAAAAAGGAUGAAUAAAGGGUGAUCGCAAAAAUGUUGGAGAUAGUAAAUAGAUGCGAGAUGGUUAUAGGGAGAAAAUGGAGAGAAGAAUCAGGAAAAGAAAGAUUUCAAAUUACUGUCAACGAACAAAAAAUUCGAAAUGGAAACUAUAGUGGGCUUGACAGAGCCGGGUUGUCAAAAACAUCCUAAUGAUGCGAGAAACUCGGUCGCAUCCUUCCAGUAGCGAGAAAAGAAGGAGAGCCACCCAUGCCUCCCAUAAGAGAGCCUCUCCUGGUUGACCAAAAAAAAUCUGAUGGAUAACACACGUCCUCCUACUGACGUCAAUAGUCUCUUCUCCGUUCGUAUUGACAAUCUUCCGAACGAUGCUACGAAGGAGGAUCUGAACAACCAUUUCGAAAAAUAUGGAAAGAUUGCUGAUAUCUAUAUUCCUCGAAAUACUCAUGAUGGUGGAAACAGAGGUUUUGGUUUUGUUCGCUACGUCAACGAGGACGAGGCACGGAAGGCCUUGGACGAGAAUGGCGAGGAGCUGAACGGCCAAACGAUGCGCGUCUCGAUGGCUGAUGCGCGCCCUCCCAGAAGAGAGCCACGCGAUCGCAGCCGUAGCUAUGAUCGUCACCGCAGACAUCGUAGCCGCAGUUACAGCCAUGGUCGUAGACAUCACAGCCGAUCGCGCAGCCGAUCGCGCAGCCGCAGCUACGGCCACUCUUACCGCUCUUCCAGCCGUCGAGACCGCAGUGGACGUCGUGAUGCGAGCCGUUCAGGUUCUCGCAGCCGUUCUGGAAGCAGACGUCGUUCGGAUUCUAGAAGUCAUUGA